UUUGUAGUUCGCUUUCCAAUGUGAAUUUUGUUCUGCAUUUUCCUAAGUUUCAUGCUUCUCCAACUUCACAGCAAGUUUAUAUCUCUCUUUCUGGAAACCAUUAUAAUAGAUUCAGAUUUGAAUCGUUUUUUCUAGUUCUUGAACUUUGUACCUACGGCUCGGUCUGUUCAACUCCUGACUUGGGUUUUCUUGGUUGGAGGAUGCUUGCGAGGAUUGAGUUUUUUCAGUAAGAAGAAAUAAAGGUGGGUUUUACAUCAAUGGGUUGGAAGAGAUCUUCGAGUAAUGGCAAUUUGAGGAUCUGCGUCCAGAUUUUAGUCGGAUUCGUGAUCUGCGCAGCCCAAGUUAUUUUUGGAGUAACGAAUCCAGGCGAUUUUGCUGCCAUUAGCAGCUUACAUACCUCACUGGGACUCCCCAUUCUUCCUGGAUGGGGCACUGGGCAAGACCCAUGUGGAGAUGCAUGGCAGGGUGUCGUAUGUAAUGAUUCAAGCAUCAUUAAAAUAAUUCUUAAUGCUGCUAAUUUGGGAGGUGAACUGGGUGACAGCUUGGGAUUGUUUUCUUCCAUCCAAAUAAUUGAUUUAAGCAACAAUCAUAUAGGGGGAAGUAUUCCAUCCAAUGUACCCGUCACAAUGCAGAACAUUUUUCUUUCAGCUAAUCAGUUCUCUGGAAGCAUUCCGAGUUCAUUAUCAUCUUUGGUUCAGCUGACAGCCAUGUCGUUGAAUGAUAACAAAUUAAGUGGUCAAAUACCCGAUUCCUUUCAAGCUAUUACCGGAUUGGUCAAUCUGGAUUUAUCCAAUAACAACUUGAGUGGGCCACUGCCCCCUUCCGUUGAAAACUUAUUGGCAUUGACCACCCUACACUUGCAGAAUAAUCAACUAUCAGGGACCCUUGAUGUUUUACAAGACCUUCCACUGAAAGACCUGAAUAUAGAGAACAACCUUUUUUCUGGACCCAUACCUGAGAAGUUGCUGAGUAUCCCUACUUUUAGAAAGGAUGGAAACCCAUUUAAUUCUUCUGUUUCUCCAACAUCUCCGACAUCUCCGGCAUCUCCUCCUGUAUCUCCAUCAAAGCCCUCACCAGCACCACCACUUUCUGGGGCACCACCAUCGCCACCUUCUCAACAAAAACCUAGGAAACAGGCUGAUGGACCAUCUGCACCUGAGGAAUCCAGUACUGGAAGAAAUAAGAAAAGCACUAAAAGGGUUGUUUUGAUAACAAUUGCAGUGAUAUUGUCAUUCGUAAUUUUGGUUUUGGCAUGUGUGCUUUUUAUGCCAAGGUGCAGAAGGAGGAGAACGGUUGAUAGUAUUUCCAAGCGACAUCAGCGACAUCAGAUAGGUGCUUAUAGGGGUGAGAGAGAGAAUGCUGGAAAUGAUGGAUCCAUGCACCAAACAAUUGAUCAGAUGCCUAAAGUUCCAAAAGAGGCAGUUGUAAGGCCGAAGCAGGAAAGUCAAACAGAGGCUCAGAAGGUUCCAAAAGCUCAUGAAGAGAGAGAAAGAAACAAACUGAGAAUGAACGCUAUUCCAAAGAAGGAUGAUCAUGAAAUAGAUAUGAGUGCACUUGAUGUCUAUCUAAUGCCUCCUCCACCACCACCUCCUCCUCCCCCUCCACCACCACCUCCCGUUGAAAAGCUCACUGCCGAGCCCAUUGUUCCAGCUGAUGUUACUCCCAUGAAGCCUCCCACCAAACGUAAAAUCACCUCAACUUUUGCAAAAUCUUACACCAUCGCAUCCCUCCAGCAAUAUACAAACAGCUUUUCACAGGAGAAUAUUCUAGGAGAAGGAAUGCUGGGGAGUGUUUAUAGAGCACAGCUUCCCAGUGGGAAGCUACUGGCCGUCAAGAAACUGGAUAAGAGAGCAUUCAGUCAGCAAAAGGAUGAUGAAUUUCUCGAGUUAGUGAAUAAUAUUGAUAAAAUCCGGCAUGCCAAUGUGGUUGAGCUCAGUGGUUACUGUGCAGAGCAUGGUGAAAGGCUUCUGAUCUAUGAGUAUUGCAGUAAUGGAACAUUGCAGGAUGCACUACACUCAGACGAAGAGUUCAGAAAAAAACUUUCGUGGAAUGCUCGCAUUAGAAUGGCUCUUGGGGCUGCAAGAGCCUUGGAGUAUCUACAUGAGUCCUGUCAGCCACCUGUCAUUCAUAGGAAUUUCAAGUCUGCAAAUGUCCUACUUGAUGAAGAUCUGUCAGUGCGUGUUUCAGAUUGUGGUCUCGCUCCAUUAAUAUCAAAAGGAGCUGUUAGUCAGCUAUCAGGUCAGCUUCUAACAGCAUAUGGUUACGGAGCGCCAGAAUUUGAGUCGGGAGUUUAUACACUUGAGAGUGACGUUUAUAGCUUUGGUGUGGUUAUGCUGGAACUUCUAACUGGCCGGAUGUCUUAUGACAGAACAAGGACCCGAGGUGAACAAUUUUUAGUCAGAUGGGCGAUUCCACAGCUUCACGACAUAGAGGCAUUAACGAGCAUGGUUGAUUCUUCCCUCAAUGGUCAAUAUCCUGCCAAAUCCUUAUCAUACUUCGCGGAUAUCAUAUCAAAAUGUGUUCAGUCGGAGCCUGAAUUUCGGCCUCCGAUGUCAUCGGUUGUUCAGGAUUUGCUCAACAUGAUAAGGAGAGAACCCCAUGGCAGUGGUUCCAGUGAAGAUUGAAACAUGGUUUUUGAUUAGGGGUAGCCAAUCCUUUCAGCUAAGAAGUAAGGAGGUGGUGAAAAAUCCGCCACAUUGGUUUUAGAAGACGAUACGAGGGGCUUCGAGCGAAUUCCCAUGGUAGCAUGCUCAAGUUUAGCAUUUCGAGCUCGCAAGCUGGUAGUCAUCUUCUUUCUGGUUUAUCUAAGAGAACACUACUGUAGCAACAGAGCUCCAAUUCUUGAGGUGAAUCAUUUGUAAUCAGUCCAUUGUUUAUUAAACUAGGAAUUGUAAUGUGUAUUCUGAAGAAAUAUAUGCUAACCCAUUAUUGGUGUCCUUUCAA